CUGAUGACGUUUUACACAACACUCACAAUCUUCAACGAAUGUUGACAGUCUGAGGAUAAUUAGUGUGUAAUUUCGACAAAAUAUGCCCUUGAUUGAAGACGAAGUGUUAAAUUGUGUUCUGGUCAUGGUUUUACAAAUUUGAAAACGUUAAAUUUUCCUUUUGUUCAAUAUUACAUACUGUAAUUAUCGCGAAAAUAGCAAGCUGUUUCUCAGUAUCUUGUGUCAGAAUAUUGUCAACAUUGAUAAAUAACCUGCAGGUGAUCUAGUAUAUGAGCUUACACCUGUUAAAGAGCAUACGAAGAACAUCUGGUGUUGAUCUCAGUGUAGCUUUCUGUCAAGGGUUCUGCAAUGGUGCACUAAGUGUGUCUUCACUUACUCGACAUCUCAGCACAUACAGGAUGAGCAACAACCCUAAUCAUUCAUCACAGUAUGUGACAGUGGAAGUCGGCGACUCGACAUUCACCAUUCUCAAACGUUACCAGAAUCUCAGGCCUAUUGGCUCAGGAGCUCAGGGAAUUGUCUGUGCUGCCUAUGACAGUGUGACAGACACAAAUGUUGCAAUAAAGAAAUUAAGUCGCCCAUUCCAGAAUGUUACACAUGCAAAAAGAGCAUAUAGAGAGUUUGUCCUGAUGAAGUUAGUCAAUCAUAAAAAUAUAAUUGGUUUGUUGAAUGCUUUUACUCCUCAGAGGUCUUUAGAAGAAUUUCAAGAUGUAUAUCUAGUCAUGGAAUUAAUGGAUGCCAACUUGUGCCAAGUUAUACAGAUGGAUCUUGAUCAUGAAAGGAUGUCAUAUCUUUUAUACCAAAUGUUGUGUGGAAUAAAACAUUUACACUCUGCUGGAAUAAUACACAGGGAUCUGAAACCCUCCAAUAUCGUGGUGAAAUCUGACUGCACAUUGAAGAUAUUGGACUUUGGUUUGGCAAGAACAGCUGGUACCGGGUUCAUGAUGACACCUUAUGUUGUAACCAGAUACUACCGGGCUCCAGAGGUCAUUCUGGGUAUGGGGUAUAAAGAAAAUGUGGAUAUCUGGUCAGUGGGAUGUAUCAUGGCAGAAUUGAUACGAGGAGGUGUAAUGUUUCCAGGCAGUGAUCAUAUAGAUCAGUGGAAUAAGAUUAUAGAACAACUAGGAACACCUUCACAGGAAUUUAUGAAACGAUUACAACCUACUGUUAGAAACUAUGUAGAAAAUAGACCAAAAUAUGCUGGUUAUAGUUUCGAAAAACUGUUUCCCGAUGUCUUAUUUCCUCCAGACAGUACGGAACAUCAAGGAUUACGUUCAACUUUCUCUAGGGACUUGUUGUCAAAAAUGCUUGUGAUAGACCCUGAUAAACGAAUAUCUGUUGAUGAUGCGUUAAUGCAUCCAUAUAUAAAUGUAUGGUACGAUGAAUCAGAAGUUAAUGGGGCUGCACCAGGUGCCUAUAAUCAUGCUGUGGAUGAGAAAGAACACACAGUGGAGCAGUGGAAGGAACUGAUCUACAAUGAGGUAAUGGAGAAUGAGAAUAGAGGUUCCCAGAAUGCAGCUAUGCAAAACCAUACUGUACCGGAAGGUGCAGGAAACAACGAGGCAGUGAUGGACGGAAUUGCUAGUGCGUCGAAAAGAUAACCGAUCACAUCAAGUCUAGAUAAUCACAAAAUAGUCAUUAAACCAUUUGCUGGAAAACAUGUCUCCAGAUUUGGUCAGGUGAUCAGAUACACCUGGAGUUAUUUCCAGAUUUGCUGCAUUCAUUUGGAUAACCAUUAUUGCAGAUGGAUGUGCCAUUUAAAAAGGAGGGCUAUUUUACUUCUGAUAAAACCAGGGAAAAGUGAAUGUUUUGAAAGUGAUCUAUUUUGAUGUUACUGGAACAUAAGAGAAUUUUGAGGAUUGCCUAUUCACUAUAUGCAGUUUGAUUUGGACAGUUUCAGUGUUAUAUGUAAGCCAUACUGUGUUACACAUUUUGUUAUGUGUUUCUGAAUACAUGACAUUGCAAUAUGUCCGAGUCUGUUUAGGCUGAUCUGUUUUAAAUUGUCCCUAAAAAUUUGAAAAGCUACCAUUGUGCUUGUUUUAUCAUGUAAAUCAUCUAUCUAAUUGUUGUUUUAGACUCAGUAUAACAUUGAUUGUUUAGAAGAUUUCUGCAAGAUUUUAGACCUUUUUUUAAGAUCAAAUGUGGCAGGGCAGUUAAUUUUUUAGUCUAUUGUUAGAAUAAAAUUAAGUUUAUCCUUCCAGGUACUUGCUUUAUAAUCUAAAUUAAAUUGAUUAACUCAGUCCUUUUCAGUGUAUGUUUUAAAACAUGAGCUUUUAAAAGUAAGUUAGUUUAAUUUAGUCCAACAUGCAAUAUUUAGAUGCCUUUUAAUUGUAAUCAAAAGUCUUAUGUUGUCAUGGUAACUACAGGGUGAUGUAUAGAAACACCUCAAUAUUUUAUCUCACUAUUGUAAAUAGGAAAGCAGAAUCUAGACUAGUUCUGUUUUGUAUAAUACUCAUAUAAUAUAUUCAUUCUGUAAAUGCAUGUAGAAAAUCAUGUAAAUUGUUUUAAUAUAUGUACAAGAUUUUAAAUCUACAAGUAUGAAAAUUUAUUAGGAAGUUAAAUAUUUAUGGGAUAUUUUACUAUUUACUUCAGUAUCUGGUGUACACAAUUAUAAAAAUACGCAGUGUUCUUUUGUUAAAUUUUUAACCUCGAGAGCUUAACAGUUAUCAGAAUAUAGUUUCAUAAUAUUGCAUGUUUUAUAUGCAUGUUUGGAGAAAUUGAAGGGGCAUUGUUUUAAACAUGGGCUAUAGAAAUACAGAUAUAGCCCUAUGAACUAUUGCACAAACCAUAUAACAAUAAAUCUAGAAACAUCUAAACAUGUUCAGUAUUGGCUGUUAUAACAUAUCACCAUAGUUAUUACUGUUUACACUCAGCCACGUGACAAAUCAGUACAAUUUUAAGUAAAAAAAAACAACUGUAUUCUGUGGUCUUGAGCAUUUAGCAAUGAAUAGCUAGGUGCUGAAUGGACAGGUAGUUUAGAACUUGAAUGUAUAACUUAACUCUGUUGCCAGGGACUUUUCUCAAUCUAUAUUUUAUCAUAUACACAUUCCUUAUUGAAGUCUGUCAUGCAAUGUAUAUGUAUGUUUUUGUGCUAAAUUUUAUACAUAGAACAGGGGCUAUAGUGGCAUGUUUGGGGAAUAUGUUCAACAAAGACACUACAUCUAAAGUCAUUGGUCCUUUAGAUAAACAGAGGAGUCAGUGUAACACAAAUGAUAAUCUGUAUGUGGUAAGGUGUUCAAAUUAGUAUAUUGCGGUGGUAUACAACCAGUUCAGAUAAAAAAAGAGUGUUGUUUUUUGGUUUUUUUUUUUUUUUUCAAAUUAAAACUACAAAGAUGAUUGAAAUAAAAACUUUAGAGGCAUUUAACUAUUUACAUUAUAUUUGAAGAUGAAAUGGACAUUUUAUAAACUGAUGUCACGUCGUAUACAUUGCUUGACAUAAGAUAAUAUGUGAUAUUUCAUACAUUGUAUUUGUUGUAAUUUUUCUAUAGUCUCUCUUUCACAUGUUGCACUAAUUAUUCAACUUUGAUCAUGAGAAAUAUUUCCACAGAAUUCUUUAAUCGAUAUGAAUAUAAUUCGCCAAUACUUAAUCAUUAAAUAUAGCAAAAAGUUGUGGAAUACAAGUAGUAUUAUGAACAGGUAAAGGCACAAAAGUCUUGACACACUUUCUUUUUACGAGGCACCUCUCCAAAAACUCAUAAGUAGGUACUAUAUUCCAUUUGGAUGAACAACAUUUCUUUUGAUGUCCUAACCUUUAGCCUCCUAAAUUUCUAAAAUGGACUGGUCCAUCAUUCAAUUUAGGCAGUACCAUUUAUUGUUCGAAGGGGUGUUCACUGAAAAUUUACUAUCUGAAUAGCGAACAGUGCAGACCAUGAUCAGACUGCACGGAUUUGCAGGCUGAUCUAGGUCUGCACUGGACACAAAGGCAGUACCACUUGACGACAGCAGGCUAAAGGUUAAUGUUAAACAUUAAUUGUGACGAUGAUGCAUAUGUAAAUUCAUUUGAUGUUACGCUUUCUUAACCAUAGCGCAAAAAAAUAAAUAUUUUAUGUAUAAAAAUAUAGAUUAUAUGGAAGAUAUUUUGAAGAGUUUUAUGUGUGAAUCUGGAGUUAAUUGUAUGUAUCAGUAUGUUUUUAAAAUUAGAUUGGAUAAUUGUCUUAAAGUGAUAUUUCAAAUACAGUCUAACCUGUCUUAAGCAGCCAGCCAAGGGAAGCAGACAAUUUGGCUGCUUAAGCCAGGUGACCGCUGAUCGGAGGUGCAGCUAAUAUAUGUAUUUUUCAGACUUCUGGCCAGAGCCUUUAGGCCCAUUUUUGGGGGGUUUCCCAUUAUUAUUAUACCAGGAUACAAUGACGUGCAUUUACCUUCGCAAUAUGAAUGGUCUUCUUAGCAAUCUAAAACUCCUGCGUGAUUUUUUACUACAAAAAUUGUAACAGACAAUUUUCCAACUUCAAAACAAGUUUAUCACAAUUUUCGCCAUUUUGGUAAGGGAAGCUACUCUCCGCACUUAUUGUCUAUGCUAAAAUCUAUGAUUGCUGUUAUGUUCCGUAAGAGAUUGAGUGGAUUAUAUUUUUUUUCAAACAAUCAAUUUUGUAGAAAUUUAAUAGUAUUUUGAUGACAGAAGUAUAAAAAAUCACAAAUAUUAUGCUACUAAUUAGUUAUCGAGUAUUUUCUUUAACCACAACAAAAUUGACACGAGGUGACACGCUAAUUGCCGAUAAUUACUGGCCAUUUGAUCACAACAAAAAGGGGAUUACACCUUUGGUUAUCAGUUUUAAUUGAGAAGCUAAUGUCAUUUUGCGUUCUUGCGGUGAAGUCACGCGAAACUUAGCAAUCACGUGCUUCUCAAAAAUCGGGUAUCUUUGGCGAUUAUUGCCUAAAAAUAAUUGAUUUUGGAAGAAAAAUGGCCACUGAAAGGGGUCAGAUACGGCGGUCGGGGGGCAAUUUCGCUGGCCGCUGGCCGCGGACGGCAGGUGGCCGCUGAAUAAAGUGAUAAAAUAGAGGAAAAUCCGUCGGGGGCAUCAUAAAAUGGGCGCUGAACGGAGGUGACCACUGAUCGGAGGUGACCGUUAGUACAGGUUAGACUGUAAAAGAUUAGCUGCAAAAUCGUUCAUUUUACUAUGACAGCACUCGUAUAUUAAAAUUUGUUAACAUAUCUUGGUGCCUUCAUUUUAUUUAUGUUGCAAUAUUUUAAUUUAGUAUGCACUACCUGUCUCUGACAAUAGUCAUGUACAUUCUGUAAAAUGUACAUAAAUACUUGUAAACCAAGCUUUGUUUGCAAAGGAACCUAUAGAUUAUGUUCAUGUGUGUUAAAAAUCGAAGUGUAAUGUUAACGUUUUGACACAGAACUGCUUUCUUUAUCCCAUUUUUUCAAAAAGCAUAAACAUUCAGUGGAAUAAAGUCAUAGUUAUUUAUCAUAUUACUGAUCGGAGCAGAAGAUUCUAACCUUUACCCUGCUAAGUUUCUAAAAUGGACUGGUCCAUCAUUCAGUUUGGGCAGUACAACUUACUAUUUAAACAAAGGGGUUUUCACUGAAAAUUAACUGACUGAAUAACGACCAGUGCAGACCAUGAUCAGACUGCAUGGAUGUGCACGCUGAUCUUGGUCUGCACUGGUCGCAAAGGCAAACCCACCAGCCGCCAGCCAAGAAACUACAUUUCCAAUUUGAAUUGUUGAAGAUUACGCUGUAAAACUACCACUUAUACACACCCUGUAUUAUAUAAUUACGCUUGUACUCUUUGUUGUAAGAUAAAUGUAAUAAAACCACAAACAAUACUAUGUCAGAGGGCGGGUAUUUUGUAUUGUACAGAAAGUUUUGCCAGAAAUUUAUUUCCGCUAUAUUUGCUAACAUAGUAUACUAGUGAAAAUAAGUUCUCCAAAUAAGGCUAUUACUGUUCAGUAAAGACACAAGUUGGUCAUACAAGUAUUUUACCUUGCAAACUAAUUCAAAAUGUAAAAAAUAGCCUCGUGAAAAUACCUGAUUUUACAGCACCACAUAUAAAAGAGCGGAUACUACAUAUUAAUUAUCUGGUGAUAUAAUAAAAUUAUACCUUGUAUCUUUGCUAGUUUGAUGCAAUAUAUUUUGUAACUUGUCUUCUGUAAAUUAUUAUUGAAAAAAAGCUGUUUUGUUAAACACAUGUUUUUUUUUUGUUUUUUUUCUGUGUUUAUGUCUUUCAUUAUAGAUUUGAUUUCAUUUGCUCAUGUAUUUUUUGUUUCACAUGACAAUGUAAUGUCUUGUAAAGUGAAGAAUGUGUGCUGAAAUGUUAUUUGAUAUACUUUUGUCAGUCUUCAAGCAAAUAAUGAUAGAGAUUUUGCAGGUGUAUCUGUGCUUUUCAAGAGCCAAGUGAAAAAACAAAUUAGUAUUAUAGUUGUUAUUAUAAACUUACUGAGUCUUGACUUCUAUUUAGCCUAAGUUUUAGUAAAUACUGCAUCUUACUUUAAAGGAACAACCUGAAGUUUCAAUUUGAAAAGACUAGUAUAUUUCUUCUGUUUUGAUUUCUACCAUCAUUAAGACAUUAACACAAAGCACAGAACUAUGGAGGUAAGCAUUGUCUUGUGAACAGUUCCAAGUACUUCCACUGGCAAGUUUAUAUAUGGGUUGCUAAGUUGUUUUAUGUGAUUUUGUUUUGUUCCCAAGCAUAUUUGGUAUUUUGUGUUUUGGUUGUUUCUUUAGGAGGUUGUGAGUCAUUAAAUGACAUAAAUGGCCAUUAACACAAAGCUUUCUGUGAACUCUAGUGAAUGAAAAAGGCACCAUGUAGGACCCCACCCCCCUCAUCUACACAUACUAUGGUCAUGAAUGUGAAAUACAAAUACUGUACAUGUAAUGGAAUCUGAAACAUAACCUACACUUUCACAUUGAGCAAGUAAAGUAGUAUGGAAACAGGAAACAGUGUUUUUACUUACAAAAUGAAAAUAAACACAUUGUUAGAAACUCAGUAAUUUUUGUCCUGGACAUAAACACGACUGUUUUAGCUGGCCCGAGUACGAGAGGCUUAUGGUGAGCUUUAAGAUCAUUGGAUGUCUGUUGUCUAUCUGUCGUCCACAGUUUCUUUAAAGAACAUCUCCUAAACCACCAAACUACACAGGAAUGUCCGUUGGGUUGCCACCUUUCAUACUCCAAACUUAGGUAAUUCAUAUAGAAUUCUGGUUGCCAUGGCAACCAAAAUGAAACACUUAAAUCUUUUCAGAAAAUGCAUGCCCAAUGUGAAAUAACUGCACAGAAACUAUGAGGAAAAGUUUGUAAAUCUUUACUGCUGAAACUGCUUGCUAGAUCGCCAAAAUAAUUUCACAGCAAUUUUCCUUGGUUGACCUUGUAACAGAUUCCAUCAAAUCAUUCUUUUUUGUUAAAAACAUGGCACCCAGCGGGUAAUGCUAUUUUUCCCUAUAUGGCUUUAUGAAAAAGUUUGAAAAUCUUCUCUAAAACUGCUAGUCUGAUUUUAAAAUAAUUUCACAGCAUUGUUUUAGAAAUGAUCAUGUACCAGGUUCUUAUGGCCCGAUUUCAGAAUAAAAUUCACAGAUAGUUUCCUUGCAUUACCCUUUACCAGAACUGCUUAAGCAAGUUUUGAACCUCAGGUGAGUGAUCUGGGGCAAUCAUGACCCUCUUGUUUUACUUAUUUCAUUGAUACUGAGAGGUCACAGAAAACAUUGUGUUUGAUAUAUGAAAUGUUGGAAGUGUAUAUGUUGAUGUUUUCUAUAUGUAGAUGUGAUGUGUAAUUUCAUACCUUAUAUUCAAGGUAUGCCGAGGAAACACAAAAUAUAAAAUAAAACAUUUGUAGAGCAAAAAA